GUCAAAUCCUAUAUAUUCCUCCUCCUUUCCAUUUCUCUCACUUUCCCUCUUUCAGUUUCUCUCUCUAAAACCUCUCUCUGUUGUAAUUCUCAAGGAUUCAGAGGGUAGGGGCCUGUUCGGGAGAUUCGAUUGAAGCGGCGAUCCUUUUUUUUUUUUCUUUUUUUUUUUUUUGGAUUUCUGGGUAUUUUUUUUAUUUUGUUUUCCCCCUUUUUUCUUUCUUCUUUAUACUUCUCCUCGUCCUUUGGAACCUCUUCUUUUGUUGAGGUCUUCUCAUUUCAAUCCGUGUGUCUUCUUCUCUCCGAAUAUAAUGUUCCAGAUUUUCAAGAGAAGGUUCUGAUUUUAGAAUUCUGAUCUGUAAAAGCAUGGAGGGUGAUACAUUUUCAGGGCUUGGGAGUAGUCCACAGAUUGAUAGCAAGAUUUUACAGACAUUUCAGAAGAAUUUUGUUCAAGUCCAAAACAUAUUGGAUCAAAACAAGCUGCUCAUCAGUGAGAUAAAUCAGAAUCAUGAGUCAAAAAUCCCUGAUAAUCUUAACAGAAAUGUGGGUCUGAUCAGAGAAUUAAACAACAAUAUCAGGAGGGUUGUUGACUUAUAUGCUGAUCUUUCAUGUUCCUUCACCAGAUCCAUGGAAGUUUCUUCAGAAGGUGAUUCAAGUGGAGCUUUGAAAUCAGAUGGAAAAGCAGGUCAGAAGAGAAACAGAGCUGCUUAAUCCACAAAAAAAUCAUCUUCUCCAUUCUUUGGCGUGGUGGGAGAGGAGGAACAAACAUAUUUCUCAUCUCUGUCAAAACAAAAGGCUAGUAUAAUCAAAUAGAUUCUCUGUAACUUUCUUGUAUGAUUUAACUAUCUAGUUUUACUUAGUUCUUCUUCUUCAUCAUCAUCAUCAUCAUCCCUCUCCUGCAUUGCUUAGAGAAAAUAAUUGUCCUGAUUCUGUAUUUAAUUGCUUUUCUGCCUAACUGUGGAUCUACUUGAGAAAAUUAAGCAUCAAAUUCUCAUCUGA